AUGUUGUCUCACUCAUCCUACAUGCUCACAGCAGUAGCUGCUUUGCUAGUGACUUGCCAUGCACUGUGUAAAUGUCCAGGAAUUCCUGAGCUACCCAGUGUCCCUGGACUGCCUGGAAAAGAUGGUCUGAAAGGACAGCCACAUCUACCUGAUUCUCUGGACGCUGAACUCCACAAUGUUUUAGUAAAUUUGAAGCACCGACUUUCCAGACUUGAAGGCGUGCUUGCUUUGAAUGGGAAAAUAAGAGAAGUAGGAGAUAAAAUACUUGCCAGCAAUGGGAAGGAAGUUGACUUUGCAUCUGCACUAGAAUCCUGUGAAGAGGCUGGAGGAACUCUUGCAACUCCCAUGAAUGAGGAGGAGAAUAACGCUAUUUUGGGUAUUGUGAAACAGUAUAACCGAUAUGCUUACUUGGGCAUUAAAGAGGGCGAGAAUUCAGGUCAAUUUAAGUAUAUAAAUGGUGCACCUCUGAAUUAUACCAAGUGGCACCAAUAUGAGCCUAAUGGCAAAGGGACAGAAAAAUGUGUAGAGAUGUACACUGAUGGGAGCUGGAAUGACAAAAAAUGCGACCUGUAUUGCCUCACAAUCUGUGAAUUUUAA